AAAAAAUGGCGACACCCAGUGACCAAAAAUUGGGCAGUGCUAUAUUGCAGGACUGGAAUUGAUUGAUUCUUUUAAAGCACUCAAUUUUACUCUCUGCGGUCAAAUUUACGUGAUUGGUAUCCUACAGCAAUUGUCGAUCAGGUUUUCAUCAGGAUUUAUGUCAUAAACUAUGGCAGAUGGUCGUAAAUACGAGCCCCACUGCUGGCAAGACGUGACAAUUGACUCUGGCCCAUAUGAAACCGUGCAUCGCUGGAGACAGAUGCCCGAGUGUGAUGAGUUUGUUGGCGCAAGGAGGAGCAAGCAUACUGUUGUGGCAUACAAUGAUGCUGUUUAUGUGUUUGGUGGUGAUAAUGGGAGGAAAAACAUGCUGAAUGAUGUACUGAGGUUUGAUGUGAAUGAUAGUUCAUGGGGAAGGGCAUUUACCACUGGAAGUCCACCAGCGCCGAGGUAUCAUCAUUCGGCAGUUGUUCACAAUGGCAGUAUGUUUAUUUUUGGUGGCUAUACUGGUGAUAUAUAUUCCAACUCUAACCUACGCAAUAAGAACGACCUGUUUGAAUACAAGCUCUCCAACGGACAAUGGAUCGAGAGAAAAUUUGAGGGCAGGUUGCCACCUGCUAGAUCAGCACACGGAGCAGCGGUCUGGCAAGAUAAACUCUGGAUAUUCGCUGGAUACGAUGGGAAUGCAAGGUUAAAUGACAUGUGGUGUGUAUCUCUCAAUGGAGACAGCAAGUCAUGGGAGGAGGUACAGCAAACUGGCGAUCACCCUCCAACAUGCUGUAACUUCCCAGUGGCUGUUUCAAGAGAUAGUAUGUUCGUCUUCUCAGGGCAGAGUGGAGCCAAGAUCACCAAUGACCUCUAUCAGUUUCAUUUCAAGGAAAGGAGAUGGAGGAAGAUACCAUCAGAUCACAUAUUGAAGGGAACUCCACCCCCUCCUCAGCGUCGCUAUGGUCACAUCAUGGUGUCACAUGACAGACAUCUAUACGUCUUUGGUGGAGCAGCGGACAACACGCUACCCAACGAGUUGCACUGCUAUGACAUAGAUGAUGGGACAUGGAGUGUUAUCAAACCAUCUUCUGAUAGUCAGUGCCCAUCAGGUCGUCUUUUCCACGCUGCCUGUGUGAUAGGGGAUGCCAUGUUGAUCUUUGGAGGGACCGUGGAUAACAACAUCCGCAGUGCCGAGAUGUACCGCUUCCAGUUCUCAUCCUACCCACAAUGCACCCUAAAAGAUGAUUUUGGAAAGCUCCUCAUCAAUCGACAGUUUACCGAUGUGGAGUUCAUUGUUGGAGAGAGUGCUGUAGUGAUCCCUGCCCAUGCAGCCAUCAUUGCAGCUAGAUGUCAACACCUGAGGGUGAAAAUAGAACAAGCCAAAGAGAGGCAGCUUAAUGUCGAUCAAAGUAACGAACAGAACCCACCGGACCAAGAGGGUGAUGAAUCGACCAAUGGUGCUACCAGUUCUAAAAAGAACAUCCCCUGUAUAGCCCAGGUACAUGUGAUAGAUGCCAGACCAGAGGCAUUCGAGGUCUUGUUGUGGUUCCUCUACACAGACAAGGUUGACAGCAAACUCCAAGGAUUUGAUGAUCGGAACACGGACUUCCUUUUGCUGCUCAUGGAUGUCUAUCGCCUAUCUAAGCAGUUUUCUCUUCGCAAGUUGGAGUACAUGUGCGUCCAUUACCUCUGGGUUUCAAUCGGUCACUGUAACGUUCUUCAAGUGCUGCAGUACUCGGACAGGUUGCAGCUUGAUUUCAUCAAAGAGUUCUGCCUUAACUUUGUUGUGAAGGAGAGCAACUACAAUGGCAUCGUGAUGAGCAAGGAGUUUGAGCAGUUAGCCCAACCCCUCAUGGUGGAAGUGGUGAGGAGGAGACAGCUCGCGGCAGGAAGACCGUACCAACACGACAAGAUGCCACAAUUUGACAAAGAUUCUAUGACUACCUUACAACAUGACAUGGAGUCGUUUCUAAAGAGCAAGACAGGCACGGACUAUUCUUGUAUCACCCUGAUGCUUGAUGGCACACCCAUUCCUGCUCAUAAACCCAUUCUUGCUGCAAGGAGCUCCUAUUUUGAAGCAAUGUUUAGAUCUUUCAUGCCAGAGAACAACAUCGUUAAUGUAACGAUAGGAGACACCAUACCUUCCAGACAAGCCUUUGACUCUCUUCUGAGGUAUAUCUACUAUGGUGCCAUAGCAAUGCCUGCUGAAGAUUCACUCUACCUGUUCUGUGCACCUGACUUCUUUGGUUUCGCCAAUAAUCGGAUCCAAGCCUUCUGCAAGGAGAACCUGGAGGUGAACAUCUCCAUCCAGAAUGUGGUCCAGAUACUCGAUGCUGCUGACCGGGUCGGAGCCAAGGACAUGAAAGACCACGCCCUCAAAAUCAUCGUCAGAAGCUUCCCAAAGGUUGCUCACAACCCCAAGAUGCGCCUCCUCAGCAAAGAGCUCCUUCAUGAGAUCAUCACAUCCCUUGCUAGGCGCAUGUCAGAGCUCAAAGUUCACCUGGGACAGGAUCUUUCACCCCAGGAUCAGGGAACAUGGAGUGGAUCACGGGCAGAGAGAUACGCCAUGGAAGGCUGGGGCUAGUGCCGAUGUGGAGACAACUCUUGAGGGGGAUGAACUUGGGCACUUGGUAUAGCUCGUCUUCAUGAUGUGGAUGCUAUUUCCACAAGCUGGAAUCGCCCAUUCCUUUUAUCAUUGUGUACAUCAUUCAUAGCCUGCUUAUGAAAUGUUCACCUUCCAUAAGCUGAAUAGUGGUUGAAGCAUUUGAAAAAACUGGAAUAUGAAACACAUAUUAAUUACAUCUUUUGAGUCAAGUUUUGUUUUAAGUCGAGAGGUUUCUGUUUCCCCGAGAGUCUACAGAGGCAGAUUUACCUUUAUUUUGUAUAUACUUUAUUCUAUUUAAUGGGAAGGUCACACUAAUGUCUAAUUGGUUUUAAUAAAAGGAGACAACCUUCCCUUAUCCUUAAUUUCAUCAAAUUUUCCAAAAAUUGUGGAGGUUUGGCAAAAAUUCAUUUAAAAGUAGAUGGCCUCUUGACUGCGUGCAAAUUAAAUUGAGGUCACUGCCAUUUUUUACUCUGAACACUUCACACCUCCAUCCCUCUCUCACACAUGCAUACAUUACCUAAAUUGGGAAGCUGAUCCCCAAUUUUUUUUUUCUUUUUUCUGUUUUUAUAAAAACCAACUUGACAUCAGAGUGGACUUUCCCUUUAUGAAUUAUAGUUGUUUUUUUUAUGCUAGUAUUCUUGCCAGAUAUAUCUAUAAUGAGAGGAUUUCAAAUUGUUACUUCGAAAGAAAACAACUCAGAGGACGCCCCGCCCCUCCCCC